AUGAAAAAUAUACUAAUUUUUAUAAUAUUAGCAACCAUAUUGCUACAAGGAUUAGCACAGGGCCAAACUAUAUCUGGAUAUAAAAGUAACUAGCUGCUUACCAUAAAAAAUUUAAAGCAAGAUUUCGAUUAAGAAGGUGAUGAUGUAGAAAUAGAAGCAAAAGAAUAGAUAACGUUUUAGAAAACGCACCAAUAAUAUACUCUUUUCAAAGAAAAAAAUUUCCUAGAAGAAAAUCAGAUUGAACAAGUCUACGAAGAUAAAUUCAAAGGAAUUUAAGAAUUUUCCUUAUAAGGUUGGUUUAGAGUAUCCAGAUCAGCAAAUCGUUAAAAUAAUGCUGCUGUUUAUUAACUCAAUUAGAAUUUAGUUCCUGAAGAUAAAGCUAAAGUAGGUGAUAGAGUACUCGCUUUACAUAUGCAAUAGAACGUUUAUAGUUUCACUACAUAUGACUUGGCUACUAAUAACCCUGCUGUACUAAGUACAAUUACGAUUAUGGAAGAAAAUCUUUCUAAAUGGCAACUUAUUUAUCAUGCUUAUAGUGAUAUUAAAUAAAAGGCCUAUAUCUUUGCACAAUUCCCAAAUUAAGAUCCCAGUAUUAUCCACUUAAAUCAAAUACAGCACUAAGAAUCUACGAAAUAUAUUUUAUGGGUUGGAUAAACUUUCACAUAUUCAAAGUUUCCUGGAAAAAUAAAUUCCCUUGUAUUAUGUGGAGGCGUUAAUUGUUAUAAAGAAAAAACUUGGUAAUAAAGUAAACCGAUUACUGUUGUCAUUCCUAACCCUGUAAAUCCUUUGCCUUAACCUGUAGAUCCUUAGUCUGUAAAUCCUUUACCUUAACCUGUAGAUCAUUUACCUUAACCUGUAAAUCCUUUACCUUAACCUGUAAAUCCUUUACCUUAACCUGUAGAUCCUUUACCUUAACCUUAACCUAUAUAUCCUUUAUCUUAACCUGUAGAUUCUUUACCUUAAACUGUAGAUUCUUUACCUUAACCUUAACCUGUAGAUCCUUUACCUUAACCUGUAAAUCCUUUACCUUAACCUGUAGAUCCUUAACCUUAACCUGUAGAUCCUUUACCUUAACCUGUAAAUCCUUUACCUUAACCUGUAGAUCCUUUACCUUAGCCUAUAGAUCCAUUACCUUAACCUUAACCUGUAGAUCAUUUACCUUAACCUUUAGAUCCUUUACCUUAACCUGUAGAUCCUUUACCUUAACCUGUAAAUCCUUUACCUUAACCUUAACCUGUAGAUCCUUUACCUUAACCUUAACCUGUAGAUCCUUUACCUUAACCUUAACCUGUAGAUCCUUUACCUUAACCUGUAAAUCCUUUACCUUAACCUGUAAAUCCUUUACCUUAACCUGUAGAUCCUUUACCUUUACCUUAACCUUAACCUUAACCUUAACCUGUAGAUCCUUUACCUUAACCUGUAAAUCCUUUACCUUAACCUGUAGAUCCUUUACCUUAACUUGUAGAUCCUUUACCUUAAUCUGUAAAUCCUUUACCUUAACCUGUAGAUCAUUUACCUUAACCUUUAGAUCCUUUAUCUUAACCUGUAGAUUCCUUACCUUAAUCUGUAGAUCCUUUACCUUAACCUGUAUAUCCUUUAUCUUAACCUGUAGAUUCUUUACCUUAAACUGUAGAUUCUUUAACUUAAUCUGUAGAUUCUUUACCUUAAUCUGUAGAUAAUUUACCUCAACCUGUAGACCCUUUACCUUAACCUGUAAAUCCUUUAAAUUAACCUAAAUCUGAAGAAAAGCCAAAAUAAACUAAAGAUGAUAACAUACAAAAAUAAUUAUAAAUCUUAGAUGAUAAAGAAUACGAUGAAUAUAAAAAAAACGGCGGAAAAGUGACAGUUUUUAAAGAUAAAUUCAAUACAAUUUAAGAAUUCGCUAUUUAUGGAUGGUUUAAAUUAAGUAAAAAUAUAAGAAGAUAAAAAUGGAGUACAGGAUAUCACUUAAAUUCUAAUUAAAAACCAGAAAAUUUGGCUAAACCAG